ACAGCGACGAAAGCAGGGACGCACUGCAGCGACGCUUGAAAUUCCGGCCGAUUCUGCACGAAGAUUUCGGUGGGGCAUUUCAGAUCGGCGGCAAGCUCCACUGCUCAGUAUUGCGCGAGAAUGUUUCUCAGGUUGUGCAGUGGGGUGGGACCGAAAUGCGGAUGCGUGCGACCCUCGCACUCUACACGAGCCCUCCGGCUGGUAUCAAUUGCGAAUGUGUCUGGGACUCGAAGCGGGCAGAGGCCUUUCAUGCAAAUAUUAAAUAGGCAAGGUCUCCUCGAUUUGGAAUGCACACAGAGCAUGGCAAAGUCUUGGGCGGUGGCUUGUGGAUUCCUAGCCCGCUAUAGAAAUGCCCUCUCCCGCCGGGCGAGACAAGAAUCGGACAUCUUUUGCUGAGCAUUCAGCGCAGCUUUUUGCCUUUCAAGAAUCCGCCCCAGAUAGAGUCUCGCAUCCUUUCAGACCCAGACAUAUCUACACUGCAUAGCUGGCACGGCGGAACCACUGACGCAACAGACCCGACGCUGCUUGGCUAAUGUGGCCGACGCUGAACUUGCGAACACAUCAUCCAGACCGGCACAGCAGCAUGCCAAUAGGGUCUCGGAGACGAACUUUCAUCCGUUGCACAUGUUCAUAACUGGCGCGCUUUCCCUCAAAGACAACGGAGAGGGGAAACUGCAGAUCAGCAAUGUAUUCGAGAUGAAAAAACCGAGCGAAGCCGUCAAGCAUCCGCCAACGUGUGGAACUGGAGGCGUGUGCUUGCUUCCGGGAAGCCAGCACGACGCAGUUGCGACCGCGUGCAGAUCCAAGAUUACUUUGAUUCUCGGCCCGCCUGGAACCGGUAAAACAACCGCAGCCUGCGAAAUUAUCCAUCGCUUUGCGGUAGCGGGGCUACGG